AUGUCUAACGGCAGGAAAGACAUCACCGUGACCCUCAGCGACCCAACAGUCACCGAUGAUUCGCUUGCACAAAGUCGAAAGGUCGACUGGGCCAUGUCGCUGGCAUUGGCUGCCAAGUCGAGGGCGCAAAAGCUUUACCACAGCCCUGACGCCUGGCGUGUGACGAGGGACGAGGGACGACACGAUCUGCUGCUGGGCCUGCGAAGGCCUGCCAACGCGGCCCAAUCGCUGCUGCUGCACGCUGUUUGCGCUCUCUGGGUCCCGAUGAGCGGGUCCACCUUCGAGCUCGACAACGACGCCGACACCGAGACGCUCCAGACUUCGAGGGCCAAGGAAGGCUGA